AUGGGGUCCCCUGCUAUGGGUUCUAUACCGCAAGAUGGCACGGCCACUCCUUCAGCUGAAGCACCGAGCUUUGGUCAAGGUACUCGCGUAGCUGUCAUUGGCUCCGGUGUAAGCGGCAUCUGUGCCGGUGCUCACCUUCUCAAACAUGGGGCCAAAGUGGUGGUGUUUGAGCGAUCAGGAGUGCCAUCUGGUGUCUGGAACUUUAAUCCAAGGACAGAUUCCAACAGCGUGCUAUACCCCAGCAAGCCAGCCUCGCUAGGGGAUUAUGCGACGUCGGUCCCCGGCCAGUUUCUCCCACAGCAACCGAGCAAGCAACACCAUCCACUGAACACCUCUGAUGGAGAUGCCCUGAAAGUUGCCUUUGCUCCUCCUGGACCAGCGUACUCUGGGUUAAAGAACAAUGUCCCUACUAGCCUGUUGUACAGCAACCUCAAGCCUUGGCCAAAGGGGACUCCCGAAAACGUGAGCCACUGGGAAAUUGCCAAAUAUCUCCAGAACCUCAGUACCGAAAAUGGCCUCGACGACGUCACUCUUUAUAAUACUCGAGUUGAAAGUGCCACCAAGUCACCAGACGGAAAAGUCUGGAUCGUUCGAACUAUCACUUUGCUGGCGAAAGACGGCACACCGCGGAUUAUUGAGAGAACAUGGGAGUUUGAUGCCGUCGUCGUCUGCUCUGGCCACUACAAUCUCCCUCGCGUCCCGAAUAUCCCAGGGCUCAGCCAGUGGAAAGAUCUCUUCAGUGACAGGAUCAGUCAUACGAAGGAGUAUCGCAACCCAGACCGCUUUCGAGACAAGAACGUCUUGGUAAUUGGAGGCGGUACAUCGUCGCUCGAUGUUUGUCGAGAGUUGAGCAAAGUUACGACUGGUAUUUAUCAAAGUACCAGAGGAGGCCAGUUCGACCAUCCCACAGAGGUUCUGCCUCAAAUCGUCAAGAGGGUUGGCGAGGUGACGGGGUUUAAAAUCGACUCUGAUGCCAUUCCCAAAAAUGGCCUAGAGGAACAAUCACCUAUCCCGGGCCAGAUCGUCUUGAGAGAUGGACAAACUCUCAGAGACAUCCACCAUGUCAUUGUGGCUACGGGUUAUCUCACUUCGUUUCCCUUUCUCCCUCAGUAUCACAAUGACAACCUGAGCCCCAACGAUGCUACCCCAGAGGUUCUGGUCACCUCAGAGGCAAACAUGGUUCACAAUCUACAUAGGGACAUCUUCUAUAUCGAAGAUCCAUCUCUAAGCUUUGUCGGAAUUCCUUACUACGUUUCCACAUUCUCUGUGUUUGACUUUCAAGCACAAGCCAUCGCACGCGUUCUCACGGGCAAGACACGUCUGCCUAGCAAGCAAGCUCUCCGAGAUGUCUACAAGAAGAGGAUCGGCCUUAAAGGAAGAGGGCGCAACUUCCAUAGUUUGGCAGAAGAGGGAGCUGAACUUGCGUACAUCAAAGAUCUCGUGGACUCUGUGAAUGGAGCCGCGGCGAGUCCACAUAUUGAGCCAAUGCAGGGCCACACGGAGGAAUGGCUUGCAACUCAUAAAGCAUACAAGGAGAGGAAAAGUUUAUUUCGGCAAGGCAAGAUCAAGGAGUUAAUACCUCUAGACGAAUUUCUGCGUCUAAAGUUUUAA